AUGGGGAUCGUCGUCGCGUGUUAUGGUUCCGACCCUGCUGUGGGCUCUUUCAGCGUUCUGUCCUCCGGCAGCCGGCAUAUAUGCACCACGUAUGCGGCGAGGCGCGUUAUUGGAACGACACAGGUAUCGCUUUCCAGUGCGGGACCGGACGGCGAGGCUGGGCGUCACUGUGAACAUGGGGCGCCCACGUCGCGCGAGGGGGAGUCUAAGACCAACGCCGUUCACAUUCCAGGGACAUUGGUCGCGGUCGGUGUAUGGGUAUCCCUAACCCUGGGUUGCUUCGCUUCUGGUACCGGUUCUGCUAAUCCUCCUUCGGUGAUUACUGCUUCCCUAGAAUUUGUUCGGGACUUUGAUCAGGCGCCCACAUACUCGGAUUCUCUAUCCAGCGGGAAGUGGUGUCUCCCGACCUACAUACCACCGACGCAGCCGACCAGCAGACAAGCCACUGCUAGCCCGAGUGGCGUCCGACCAGACGUUUAUGGAAUAAGGAAGUACAAAGAGCAUAUGGCGAACAACGUUAAUGGGGCCGUCGCCACCUCCACCAUUCCUUUACGAACGUCGGCUGUUGACAAUAUGCCGAGAUCCAACAGCAACCUCGCACAAAUAGUCGCUUUUGGGCAUAUCGUCCUCCGGAGCCCCAUCCACUGGCUCCCAGCCGAACUACUCAUCUACAUCUGGCAGACGGCAAUCGGAGACUUGCUUUCCAUCAGCUACGACAAUAUGCUCCCUGUAAGGGUUGCCCAGGUGUGCAGGCGGUGGAGAGACGUCGCUCUGGCCGCGCCUGGCCUUUGGUCCAACAUCUAUGUCAAUCCUUCAUGGUGCAAAUCUUCACCCCUCGCGCGCGUGAGCUUGUCAUUGGCAAGGUCAAGCAAACACCCUCUCCGAAUCGUAUUCCACUAUGACUUUCCUCGGCGGAACGACCCGAAGCAUAUGCUCACCGUCCUGACGCUGCUCGCGCGCGAAAGCCGGCGUUGGCAGACGUGUCAUAUACACAUAACCUGGGAGACGGAGACGGACCAUCGGAUGAUUUCACGGGCUCUCCAGCCAGCGCAGGCCCCGCAGCUCGUGCAGCUGGUGCUGCACGCCCAACGGAGGGGCGCCGGUUCUUCGCUGCGGCCCGCCUGGUUCCCUAUGGGCUUGCCUGUGUUGACCGACUUCGGUUUAGCAAACGCCAUGGACUUGCGUCCGUAUCUGCACCUCCUGAGCGGGCUGACGUCCUUGAGCUUGGAGGUCAGCGACUAUCAGACGCCUGCGACUGUGAGCCAUCGCGACUUCCAAGCGGCCCUGGCCCGCUGCCCGCACCUCGUGCACCUCGAACUGCGCUUUGCCUGCGUGGCUUACGGCGACGUGGACACCGUGCCUUCUGCGUACGCCGUGAUCCAUCUUCCGAAGUUGCGCUCGCUCUUCCUCAGGAUGCACGACGAGGAUUGCCGCUUCGUCUCGGUGUUCUUUCGGCGUUUCUCGGCGCCGAGCUUGAAGGUUAUAAAGAUGGUCCAUUGGUCGAGACAUGCUUUCGAUGUGUUCGUGUCCGCAGUUACAGACGACAACUCUUUCUUCCGGUGCCACAGCCUAGAGACCUUGUCCCUGGUCGAUGUGGAUUGUGGGUCGGAUGAUUCCUUCGGCCAUGGCCUUGAUGAAGAUGGCAAAGUCGAGGUAGAGGGAGCUCCUAUCCUGGAGCUCGAGGGUGACGAGCCUGAGGAGGCAGAUGAAGAAGUCGUGGACGCAGCGAGUGUUCUUCAGAGUGAAGGACCCUCUGACUCGGACAGUUCGGCGACAGAUGACGAUAACGAAAGCGGCAGUCAGGCGAGUGAGAGUGAGGCAGGAGAUGAACAUGGGGCGGAGGACAUCAAAAACAGCUUCCGUCGUUUCAUUUCCCACUUCCCCUCGACAACGACGUUGAUCGUCGGCGACAGCGGUCUACGCGAGCUGCUUGAAGGUAUGAGUAUGUUGUCAGAGGCCGGCGAAGUUGCGUGCCCCCGGCUUCGUACUCUGAUCUGGUCGACAAUCGUGCCAAUGACGAGCUACACGCUGCCGUUGCAGCUGAUAGGCGACUUCAUCAGGAAGCGUGUCUCACUGGGGUUGCCGCUCGCGCAACUGCGAGUUCAGAAGUCCCAUUUCUUGGAGCUUGGUGUACCACUGCGAGAGUGGGUUCAGACUCAAGUGGCAGUGGACCUAUACGACAAAUCUCAGGACUAUGAUCCUGACCCUCAUCCCGAAGUCUAG